GUCGUCUCCUUCUCCGUGUAUAUACCGAUGAAACGGUCUCACGCAAGGAAGGAAGGGAAGAGGAGGAGAGGCGGUGAGGGAUGGAAAGGGGGGCGACGGUGGGAGAGCUGACCUCCGGGGCGAGCGGCCGAAUCAUCCCGGUGUUGAGGAACAUACGGCGGUCCGUGCCGUCGCCGGCAUCGCUCGUCCGCGUGCUCUUCUUCCUGCACUCCUUGGCCUUGCGGUUCCUCCUCUUCCUCCGCCGUCGGAGCCCACUCUCAUCCAAGACUGCGGCGGCGGCGGCGGCGGCGGGGGGGCUCUCCCCGGCAGAGGACGAGGGGAGGGGGCGGCGGGAGGUGGUGGGCGGCCGCGGAGGAGGAGGACGUGCGGCGGCGGAGGGCGCUCGCGGAGGAAGUGGAGAUGGUCCCCGAGUCGGCGGAGAGCGAAGAGGGUGGGGCAUGCCGGUGGAGUACGUUCGAUUUCGUGGGACCGAGGAGGAGGGCGCUCUUCUGCCGGUCGUGGCUGCCCGCGUCUGGGGAUCUGAGGACAAAGGAGUGGUUCCAUGGUUCAUUGACUUGAAUGCUAUAACUUUUAAAGCAUUGAUUAGCCUUUCAUCCUUACAAGCUUUAGUGAUGGGCAUUAUGGUGAUAAUACAUGGACUGAAUGAACAUAGUGGAAGAUACGCUUACUUUGCUAAGCAGCUAAUCGCAUGCAACUUUGGAGUAUAUGCAAUGGAUUGGAUAGGCCAUGGUGGCAGUGAUGGAUUGCAUGGAUAUGUACCUUCAUUAGAUUACGUUGUGGAGGACACUGGAAAAUUUCUAGAGAAAGUCAAAUCUGAAAAUCCUGGUGUACCUUGUUUCCUUUUUGGUCACUCCACUGGUGGAGCUGUGGUUUUAAAGGCAGCUUUGUAUCCUCAUAUUGAGGCUAUGGUAGAAGGGAUCAUACUGACAUCUCCGGCAAUCCGUGUAAAGCAAGCUCAUCCAAUAGUUGAGGCUGUGGCUCCAAUUCUUUCACUUGUGCUGCCGAAGUUCCAAUUCAAGGGAGCUAACAAAAGGCGCAUUCCUGUAUCGAGGGACCCAGCUGCGAUGUUGGCUAAAUACUCAGACCCGUUAGUUUACACUGGGCCGAUAAGAGUUCGAACAGGCCAUGAGAUCCUGCGGCUUUCUUCUUACCUGCUGCAGAACAUGAAGUCCGUCAGUGUGCCUUUCUUUGUCCUGCAUGGGACUGCCGACAGGAUCACCGAUCCACUUGCCUCGCAGGAUUUGUACAAUGUGGCUGCCUCGAGGCACAAGGAUUUAAAACUCUAUGAGGGCUUUUUGCAUGACCUUCUAUUUGAGCCCGAGCGCGACAAAGUUGGUGCAGACAUAAUUGAUUGGAUGCUGAGGAGGUUGCAGCAGCAAAGCUUAUGAAUGUGCAUGUUCUUAGGAGACAGCCAGUCGAGCACAGGAUUUGCUGGGCUAAGGAAUGCCUGGGUUGUAGUUGAUUGAAUCUAAUCCUGCAUGUUUGACUUGUGUUUUCUCCUGAAGGCAAGGGACUGAUGUUUGUCAUAGUCAUCCAGUGUUGUAUAUGAUUUAAAUUAUAAAUAAAUGUCCUUGUAUAUUACAAAUGCCGGUGUGACUUCCAUUAUUGUGACAGUUGAUCUUGUAGCUUCUUACUGUGCCAA